AUGAAUCAGAAAGAAGUGGGUAGAAGCAAAUAUUUUAGUUGUGAAAUAUUUUCUGCGAUAAAUGAUCUUGAAGAUCUUGUUGAGUUAGAGAGAAAAAUUGUAGAUGAUUUGAAAGCUCUUGCUAUGCAAUUAAAUGACAGUUACAUAGAUAAAUAUUUUACUUGCGACAAAGACUGCGACCAAAGUUAUUUGCAAAGAGAUCUUCAUGUUUUCAAAGAAACUACACAAAUCAAGUUUUUAACGCUCUUCAAAAUAAGAACAUCUAACGAUAAUCAGAAAGAAUUGGGUAGAAGCAAUUUAAAAUCUCGUAAUCACGAAGCACAUUUGACUGAUGUACCAAAAGGCGGUUACACAGUUUUCCCUUAUAUAAAAGUUCGAAUUUAA